AUGAACAGUGGCAGCUUCUCCGAAACCCCCAGGGAAGAUAGGAAGAAAUUAGAGAAGAAAUCCAAAAGUUUCAAGAAUAUUUCCAAAUACUUCUCUAAGAAAGAGUGGGCACGUCUGGGAUACUCGGAGAAAAUCACCUAUGUGAAUCUGAAGAGAAACUAUGAAACCAUGACUAGACUAGGUCUCAAGUGUACCCCACCAGCUUUCAUGUGUCCUAAAAAUGGAGCCACAGAAUCCAAGCGUUGUGAUUCUAAAAUUAAGAACCCCAGGAAAAAGGAUGAACCUGCUGAAGGGACUUCCAACAUGCAAGGGAGAAAACGCCAGAAGGUGAUGUCCAAGAAGCCUGUAAAGGGAAAAAAACGUUCGAAGAUAGUACCAGGAACAUCAGGCCCAGAGCAGGCUCAGAGACAGCUGCGCUCCCAGACAAAAGCAAGUAUCUCUGCUCAGCAGAGCAAGAAAACAUCAGGUAAGAGAAACAACUUUUCUUACUUGUUUGGGAACAAGUCCUCUGUCUUCCCUGGCCAUGUUCAAGUGAAUGGGUUAGUCAUGGGAGAUGGAUCCUGGACAGGAUCCAAGAAAAAGACGGUUAAUGUUUGGGCCAACAGACUGCGAAAAAGGAAACCGGUGGCCUAUGAAGAGAUCAGUGAUCCCGAGGAAGAGGACUAA